UAUGGUCGUCAUAAUAAGUUCGUCCUAUAACAUUCAGUUGAUAAGUUGUACUGAGGAGGUCAACAGGCAAUUGUUUCCAUACAGAAGUUUUUACUAGCGCGUUAUAAAGAUAUCUAAGCAAGAUCAGCAAUUUCAUAGAAGUGUUGAAGAAAAAAUUCAGAAAAUGUGUUUGAGUUUGUCAUUAUUUAUAGAACUGCAUCUUCGCAUCAUGAGUUUAUUAGAAUUCAGAGCACUAUAAGUAUUAUAUUGUCUUAACAAUUUUGUGAUACGCACCCGUGAAUAUGGAAUCUUAUUUAGUAUUUAAGUAUUGUUUUGUUUUCGUUUUUUCUCUUUUCUUCAUUUUCCUCUGUUUUCUUUUUUACUUUCUCGCUUCUUCCUUUGGGUUUCUGUUCUCGUAGUACUUAAAAACUUUUAGCGAUUAAACAAUGGAAAUUGCAUGUUUCACUGACACUAGUAAAAUAUUCAUUUCGCUAGUCCAAUGAACAAUUUUCGACUUUAGUAGCACAUGUAAGUUUCUUCGAAUACGCACUGCAAGUAUCAAGAACAACUUGAAUCAUCUGAAAGAAUCGUUGGUCGAUGCUUUCUGGGUGUCUCCUAUUUACCCUAGCCCGAUGGUUGACUUCGGAUAUGAUAUUUCUAAUUUCACCGAUGUCGCUUCUAUUUACGGCACAAUGGAAGAUUUUAAAGAUUUGCUAGACACUGCUCAUAAAAAAGACUUGAAGGUGAUCCUAGACUUCGUCCCGAAUCAUUCUUCGGAUCAGCACGAAUGGUUUCAGAAAAGCUUGAAGAAAAUCGAUCCAUAUACUGAUUACUACGUUUGGCAUGAAGGCAAAAAGCUUCCUAAUGGUACCGUUGUGGCACCGAAUAACUGGAUAAGUUUGUUUGGUGGAUCGGCUUGGACGUGGCGAGAGGAACGUCAGGCAUAUUACCUUCAUCAUUAUGUUGUGCAGCAACCAGAUCUGAACUACAGCAGCCCAGCCCUCGUACAACAAAUGAAAGAUGUCCUGAAGUUUUGGUUAGACUUAGGCGUGGAUGGCUUCAGAGUGGACGCUGUGCCCAAUCUUUGUGAGGAUCAGAGAUUUUUGGAUGAACCAUUGUCAGGCACCACUAAUGAUCCAAAUGAUUACGACUACACGGUUAAAAUAUAUACCAAGGAUGUCCCGGGAACGUAUGAUGUGGUAAAGGGUUGGAGUGAAUUACUCGCUGAGUACAGUGGCGACAAAGUUAUGAUGAUUGAAGCAUACACAACCAUACCAAUGACAAUGAAGUACUACACAUCUGGAGCCAGCUACCCCUUCAACUUCGGAAUGGUCGUAGACUUGAAUAACCAGUCGACAGCUGCAGAUUUCAAACAUCUCAUCGAUAGGUGGAUAGAGAAUAUGCCAGAGGGCGCAACAGCUAACUGGGUGGCUGGUAACCAUGAUAAUCCGAGACUGGUGUCUCGGUUCGGGCCUAAGGCUCGAGCGGUCACUUUGUUGACGCUUUUAUUGCCUGGUGUCAGCGUUACGUAUAAUGGCGAUGAGAUUGGCAUGGAGGACACCCCGGUUUCGUGGGAAAAUACCAAGGACCCGGAAGCAUGUCUCGCCGGUAAAAAUAAAUUUGCAAAGGUGACUAGAGAUCCUGAGCGAUCGCCAUUCCAGUGGGACACAACCACUUCUGCUGGAUUUUCAUCAAACCCAAACACUUGGCUUCCGAUCAAUGAAAACUACAAAACUGUCAAUCUAAAAACAGAGAAAAAAGAUAAGGAUUCCUACUACAAUUUCUAUAAGACAAUAGCGAAGUUGAAGAAAAUGCCAUUCCUUACGAAAGCAAACUUAGUCACGCAGGUGUUGAGCAAGAACAUUUUAUUGAUUUCUAGGAAAACUGCUAAGGAUGGAUCUGUUUACGCAAUAUUAAACCUCGGCGCUGGCCAAGAAACGGUAAACUUAUCAAGUAUCGAUAAGGUAUCACGCGAACUAAAGGUGUACUACGCCUCAGCCAACUUUGAUUUAAAGCCAGGCCACCGCUUGAGCAGUAGUAAGCGUAUAAAAGUACCUCCAUAUGGAAUAGCAGUUUUAAUUAAACACUAAGACCGAGAAUGGAAUAGAAUUUCGGGAUGCAAUUUAUGUCAUGGACCAUGAAGCCGAUUUGAUUCCUUCAACAAUUAGAUGUUUACGUUUUUAAUGUUGUAUAUUCUUGAGUUUGCAUAUAAAUAAAAUAAUUAUAAUUUAAUGAUAUUGUAUAUUCAGAAACUGUGUCAUUUAUUCUUU